GUUAUCUAGGGCAGAAAAAGAUGUUGUACGGCAUCUUCCAAUAUGGCGGCUCCCGCAAAAAUCGGCCAACAGGGCGCCGCCAUACUAUCUCGUAGUGUCUUUGUCUAAAAGACCGAAAGCUGAACGGAAUCUUCAUCGGUGGAAGGACGCCCCCGGUGUGGUGGUUGGCAACCCGCAGACUCGGAUACCAAAGACGUUAAACUUGACCUGGGAGGUGCAAUAGUAGCGCUUGUGAGUCUAAAGCCGAAGUGAUGGACCGUGGCCCUUUCUACCAACCCAACUGGUCCUGGCUUCCUGGGAUAAAAUAGUUCUUAUGAAGGAAGGAAGUGAAGAUACAAAGAUCAACGCUGCAUCCUUGACCAGAGACCUUGAACUAGAGCUUCAGAAAACAGCCCAGAAUCAACAACAGAGAAGAUAUUAGACUUUCUGACGGUGUCUAAGGGCCCCAGAAAAUGUCCAAGUCCCUAGGCUUACUGUCAUUCAAGGAUGUGGCUGUGGUUUUUACAUGGGAGGAGUGGCAGCUACUGGACCCCAUUCAGAAGCACCUGUAUCAAGAUGUGAUGUUGGAAAAUUACAGCAACCUGAUAUCAGUGGGGUGUCAAGUUACCAAAGCAGAUGCAUUCUACCAGUUGGAACAAGGACCACCAUGGAUAACGGAGGAAGAAAUCCAGAGUCAGAUUCAUCCAGAUGACACCUGGCAAGUGGAUAGUCAUACAGACUGGCACCAAGAAAACCAAGGCAACCUUGAAACUAUGGAGAGUCACCACAUAAAUAACCCAUUUAGAAAAAUAUUGUCUCUAAGCUUAAAUUCUGAUGUCCCUUUAGCACAAAGAUCCCAUACAUUUGACAUACUUGGGAAACACUUGAAACCUAACGUAGAGCACAUUAUUCAGAAUAAAAGCUAUGCAAGAAACGAAGUGGAAUUUAAUGGGUACGACAAAGUAGUUCUUUAUACCAAGCAUGGGAAAAUUCAUAAUGGAGAAAAAUAUAAUGAAUUUAAUGAACAUUUGAAGGCUUUCGGCCAUAAGUCACAGCUUGUUGAACAUUGGAAGACUCGAGCAGGAGAGAAACAGUUUAACUGCAGUGACUGUGGGAAAGUCUUUUCCCAGAAGGCAGACCUCAUUAAGCAUCAGAGAACACACACAGGACAGAAACCCUAUGGUUGCAGUAGAUGUGAGAAAGCCUUCAGCCGGAAGUCCCAUCUCAUUUUGCAUCAGAGAACCCACACAGGAGAGAAACCUUAUGAGUGCAAUAAAUGUGGGAAAGCUUUUACUGAUAAGUCAUGCCUUAAUAAACACCAGAGAACUCACACAGGAGAGAAACGGUUUGAGUGUCGCCUAUGUCAGAAAAGCUUUGGCGGUAAGUCACAACUCACCUCACACCAAAGAACUCAUACAGGACAGAAGCCCUACAGGUGUGGUGAGUGCGAGAAGAGCUUCGGCAACAAGUCACAGCUCAUUAUUCAUCAGAGAUCUCACACGGGAGAGAAACCUUACGGUUGCGACAAAUGUGGGAAGAAUUUCCCCCUUAAGUUCAGCCUCAUUUUACAUCAAAAAACUCAUACAGGGGAAAAACCUUACGGAUGCAGUGACUGUGGAAAAGCCUUCAUCCAGAGAUCUGAGCUCAUUAGACAUCAGAGAACUCACACAGGAGAGAAACCUUAUCAUUGCAGCGAAUGUGGAAAAGGCUUCAGUGUAAAGUCACUCCUCAAUACUCACUGGAGAACUCAUACAGGAGAGAAACCCUAUGGGUGCAAUGAAUGUGGGAAAACGUUCUCCAUCAAGUUUAGUCUCAUCCUACACCAAAGAACACAUACGGGUGAGAAACCUUAUGAAUGCAGUCAGUGUCAGAAAGCUUUCACCCAAAAGUCACACCUCACUAUUCAUCAGAGGUCUCACACCGGAGAGAAACCUUACGAGUGUAGCGAAUGCCACAGAGCCUUCAGCCGGAAGUCCUAUCUCCUCAUUCACCAGAGAAUUCACUCAGGAGAGAAACCGUAUGAAUGCAUCCAGUGUGGGAAGACUUUCUCUCACAAGUUUAGCCUUAUUAUUCAUCAGAGAAUCCAUACAGGAGAGAAACCCUAUGGAUGCAGUGAAUGUGGGAAAACUUUUCCUAUUAAGUUCAGCCUCGUUUUGCAUCAGAAAACACACACGGGAGAGAAACCCCACGAAUGCAGCGAAUGUCAGAAAUCUUUUGCCCAGAAGUCACAUCUUAUUAUCCAUCAAAGAACUCACACAGGGGAGAAGCCUUAUGGAUGCAAGACGGCCCACGAAUGUCCUGAAUGUGGGAAAGCCUUCCUCAAGAAGUCUCGGCUCACAGAACAUAAGAGAAUUCAUACAGGAAAAAAACCCCAUGGGUGUAGUGUAUGUGGGAGAACCUUCUCCAAGAAGUUCAAGCUCACUGAACAUCAGCGAAUUCACAAAGGAGAGAAACCCUAUGAGUGCUGUGAGUGUGGGAAAGCCUUCCUCAGGAAAUUUCAGCUUACUGAACAUCAGAAGACUCAUACAGGAAAUAAACCCCAUGGCUGCAGUAUAUGUGGGAAAGCAUUCUCCAGAAAGUUCAAGCUGACUGAACACCAGAGAACUCACACAGGAGAGAAACCUUAUGGAUGUAGUGAAUGUGGCAAAGCCUUCUGCAGGAAGGCAGAACUCAUUAUACAUCAGAGAAAUGAAAGAGGAGAAAGGCCCCAUCAGUGCAGUGAAUGUGGGAAAGGUUUCGCCAGAAAAUCACAACUCAUUCUACAUCAGAAAACUCAUACAGGAGAGAAAUCCUAUAUAUGCAGUGAAUGUGGAAAAGGUUUCAUUCAGAAGGGCAAUCUCCUUAUACAUCAACGAACUCAUACUGGAGAGAAACCCUAUGGAUGCAUUGAAUGUGGUAAGGCCUUCAGCCAGAAGGCGUGCCUGAUAGCACAUCAGCGAUUUCAUACAGGAAAGACUCCCUUCGUAUGUACUGAAUGUGGAAAAUCUUGUUCACAGAAAUCAGGACUCAUUAAACACCAGAGAAUUCACACAGGAGAGAAACCCUAUAAGUGCAGUGACUGUGGGAAAGCCUUCACUACAAAGACAAUGCUCACUGUCCAUCAAAGAACUCAUACAGGAGAGAGACCCUAUGGAUGCAAUGAAUGUGGGAAAGCUUUCUCCCACAUGUCAUGCCUUGUUAAACAUAAGAGGAUACACACAAGAGAGAAACAUGUAGAUUCAGUGAAGGUUGAGUAUUCUUCCACAGAGGGUCACAGCUUAUUAGAUACUAGCGAAUUCAUGCAGGGGAAAAGCCCUGUUAAUACAGUGACUGCACAGAUGCCUUCCGCGAUCCCUCAGACCUCAUUAAACAUCAGUGGGCUCCUCGCAGAUAGGAAUGCAGUCCUAGUGGGACAGCCAGCUGCCAGAUGUGCACCCUCAGGAAAUAACGGAGAAUUUGUACAGGAGAGAAACCUUAUGAAUGCAGCGAAUGUGGUUGUGCCUUCAGUGGUCAAUUACAUCUUAUUUUAUGUCACGAAAAAUACAUAGAAAAAAACUGGUACAUUCAAUUAGGAAAAGCCUUGAGCAAUAAUGUCUUGCUGAUAAUAUGGUUAUACACAAACAAAACCCAUGAGUGCAGAGGCUAGUUUUAGAAGACCGACUCUGUCUGUCAUCAGUGAUCAACAUAGCUCAUCAGGGAGCUUAUAGUGAGUAGAGACAUGGCAAUAGUGGGAAAGUCCUUACCCUUAAUAUGUGUCAGUUCAUACUGAGGAGAAACAGGAGGCAAUGAACGUGGGGCACCUAGGUGGCUCAGGUCAUGAUCUCACGGUUCGUGAGCUCAAGCCCCAUGUCGGGCUCUGCGCUGACAGCUCAGAGCCUGGAGCCUGCUUCAGAUUCUGUGUCUCCUUCUCUCUCUGCCCCUCCCCCGCUCAGCUCUGUCUCUCUCUCAAAAAUAAACAUUAAAAAAAAAAAAAGGCAGUGAACAUGGCUGGGAUUUCAGUGGUACAUUCUGCCUCAUGCAUUAGCAGGUAAAAUCACAGAGAAAUAAAACUCUGUUAAUCCACUAAUUGUGGAAUUCCUUUAACGAAAUACUAAAGUUCUUGUGAAACAAAGGUUUGUGAAGAUGAGGAACAUUUGAGAGCUUUAUGUACCUUUUCUAAUUUGACCUAUAUGUCAUGUAAUACACCUGAUGUACAUUUUCAGACAGGGUACCUUGAACCACAUUCCUAAUUACCAUGUUAGUGAUUCCAUAAUUUAGAAGAGAUAGUUUCUGCCCUACAUCACUGGCUAACAUUAUCACACUAUAUUCACUUUUCCCAUUUGUGGAUUCUUUUUUUUUUUUUAAUUUUGUUUUAGAGAGAGAGAGUGUACGCAUGUGAGCUGGGGAUAGGGGCAGAGGGAGAGAGAGACUCAAGCAUGACCCUGGGAUCAUGAUCUCCACUGAAAUCAAGAGUUGGAAGCUCAACCAACUGAGCCAUUCGGAAUUAAAACAGGGCCAGGAAGAAAUUAAGUAAAUAGUAAAACCGGGCCAGAAAGGACCAAACUUUCCAAGUAACCUCAGGUGCACCUUUCUCUUUUUCUAAAAUUUUCUUCAAUUCUAAAAUUCUUCAGUAUCAUAUAAUGUUUACCCUGUUGCAUUUCUUUGGCUUUAGAUUUUAUUUCAGGCAACUGAAGUCCUUCAAAAAGAAAUGAAUAUUUUAAACUCAUGAAUAUAAUUUAAUGUCCUUUGAUGAGUUUAAGUUCAAUUUAAAAAUGAGAGCAAGCAUUACACAAUGUCACCAUAAAAGCGAUUUUUAAAAUUUUCUAGACCUGAAAAGAUAGAGAAACCAGGUUUGCAAAAUGAACUAAAAGCCCAAGUACAAUUAGUAAUUUAAACCUACACAUUAAAUAACAAAAUACAUUCCAACAAAGCUCCCAGUAGUCAUUUUCGAAAACAUGAGAAAGUAAGGUAGGCAAUUUGAACACAAAUUAAGAGGAUUACUUCCAUCCUAGCUCUCCCUGUCCCUUCCCUGAUUAUUGAAUUCUCAGAAUGCUGGGAAUCUGAAGUUCUAAAUGCCUGGAUAACUAUCCAGUUGCCUCCCUUGGAGGCAGUACCCUGUCUAACCCUAACUUUGGCUUCAUUGAUGGAACCACCCCAACAUUCUUGCUGGUAUCUAUUCCCAUUUUCUCUCAACUCAGAGGGACUCUGAGUCCUACAAACACGAGGAAGACAAAAGUAGAUCUUCAUAGAAUCAGCCUUGGACUGGUAUCUCAUGCUCCACAAAGCCAGAGAGACUUGGAUUUGGACCUAGAGUAGGCACAGGGUUUCUGGAAGAGUAGGGUGAAUCUAGUGCUGGAAUUACUGAAGGCCUGUAACCAGCCUGGAAAGUAUUUUUGGAAUCUGAUAUGUGUAAUUAGUUAAAUGUAGUCAGGGGUAAUCACAGGGGCUGGCAUAAACAAUACAGGAAGAAGUUCAGACCACGUCUACUGGUGAAAAACUGAUCUGAAAAGGGCAUGAGGUCAGGUCUCAGGGAGAAACUAAAGGUAGAGGUCAGACGAGAUAGUUGAGUGGCAUUUAGGCAGCUGAUUUUUUUUUGUAAAUCAAUGACAUAAACACCACUAGAAUCACUUGGAGAGAACAUUUCACUUGUUUUCUUCGAGAUUUUGAUACGGAAUAUAAUGACCUUGGGUCAUGUAUAAACGUUACCAAUUUUAAUACAAACCAUAUUACAAUAUCAACUUUAUGCGCAAGUGUAUGGUCUUGAAUGUAAGUUAUACACUGUAAAAGUUAGACUAUAAGCUUCAUGAGGGUAGGGAACUUCUGAUAACCCCUGUAUACAAGAUGUCUAGAAGAAUAUGUGAUAUAGGGUAGGCACUUGAUACACAUGGUUAGUUGACUGAAUCCCAUCCAAUAAGCAAUCUUGUCUUGCUUAACUGAGAUUUAAAGCAGGGCCAGGAAGAAAUUAACUAACCAAAUAAUAAAACAGGGCCAGAAAGGACCAAACUUUUCAAGUAACCUCAGUGUAUCCCAAAACAAUUCUUUGUAAGAGGGGCGCUUCAAGAAUAUUUGUAAGAGAGGCGUCUGGGUGGCUCAGUCGGUUAGCAUCCAACUCGGUUUUGGCUCAGGUCAUGAUCUCACAGUUUGUGGGUUCAAGUCCCUUGCUGGGCCCUGCACUGACAGUGCAGAGCCUGCUUGGGAUUCUCUCUCUCUGGCCCCUCUCUCUCUGCCCCUCCACCCCCACUCUCCUCUCUCUCAAUAAAUUAACUAAAUAAAUAAAUAGAGUGCAAAAAUAUCCUGAUCUCCCCUGUUGUACCUACUCCCCCAUAAUCCCAUAAUAAAGUUGACAAACUUAUCAGGCAGGAAAAUGUGACCAGUGUUGAAAGACCAAUCAAAAGUGACCUAGAACUGAUAUCAAUGCUAGAUUGAGCGAACAAGGACAUUGUAUAAACGGUUAUAGCUGUAUUCCAUUAUAUCAAAGAGAGGAAUGAUUAACAUGUUAAUAACAACAAUGUCUUGGGUUGAUAAGAUAUGUAAUACAUUUUACUUCAUAUUUUAUAAACCUUCCCAGAAUACUGUUGUUUGUUCACUAUCUUGAUCAGAGAGUGAAGGGCAGUUAGCAGUUUCCCCUAGGCAUUCCUCACAAUACCUCUUUUGCCACUUGGCCAAGAACAUAAGGCCGCCUUUUUUUUUUUAAGUUCAGGUUCUCUGAACAGUUUUUCACUUUUUAAUACAAUCUUUUGUUCUCAUUAUGCUUAAAUUUGUACUUUCUUUUGCCUUGCCAUAAAGUUCACUGAUGUUUUGCAUACACGAAUAGGGUAAACUGCUCCUAGUUUUUAGACUCGCCCCCCCCCCCCCCCCCGGCCCACCUGUUUUUCAUUUUGGAUAGUUUGUAUUGCUGUGUCUUCAGUUCACUAAUUUUUUCUUACACAAUGUCUACUCUGCUAGGGACACCUGGGUGGAUAAGUCCUUUAAGCUUCCAACUUCAGCUCAGGUCAUGAUCUUGUGGUCCAUGGGUUUAAGCCCCACAUGAGGCUCUGUGCUGACAGCUCAAGGGCCUAGAGCCUGCUUUGGAUUCUGUGUCUCUCUCUCUCUGCCCCCACCCCUCACUCACACUCUGUCUCCCUCUUUCUCCCAAACAUAAAUAAACACUAAAAAGAAACAAUGUUUACUCUGCCAUCAAUCCCAUCAAGAGUAUGUCUUAUUUCUAGAAAUUUGAAUUGGGCCUUUCUUUUUAGAUCAUUCAUAUCUCUAUUUAAUAUGGUUUAUUUUUUGGGUCUGGGUGGCUCAGUCAGUUGAGUGUCUGACUUCAACUCAUGUCAUGAUCUUGGGGUUCAUGGGUUCAAGCCCUACACUAGGCUCUGUGCUGACAACUUGGAGCCUGGAGCCUGCUUCAGAUGCUGUGUGUGUCUCUCUCUUUCUCUCAAAAUAAAUAAAUAAGCACCAAAAAAACAAAAACAAAACAUGGUUUACUUUUUUUUUUUAAGUUUUUAUUUAAGUAGUCUCUGCAAAUCACAACCCUGAAAUCAAGUCACAUACUCUACCGACUGAGCCAGCCAGGCAUCCCAACAUGGUUUACUUUUAACUUAAUUGUGACAGUAUUUAAAGUGAGUUUUCAGGGGCGCCUGGGUGGCUCAGUCGGUUAAGCGGCCGACUUCAGCUCAGGUAGUGAUCUCGCAGUCAGUGAGUUCGAGCCCCGCGUCGGGCUCUGUGCUGACAGCUCAGAGCCUGGAGCCUGUUUCAGAUUCUGUGUCUCCCUCUCUCUGACCCUCCCCUGUUCAUGCUCUGUCUCUCCCUGUCUCAAAAAUAAAUAAAACAUUAAAAAAAUAAAAUAAAAUAAAAUAAAAUAAAAUAAAAUAAAAUAAAAUAAAAUAAAGUGAGUUUUCAGUAUUUAAAGUGAGUAGUUCAGUUAAGCAUCUGACUCUUGAUUUUGGUUCAGGUCAUGUUACCAUGGUUUGUGAGUUCAAGCCCUACACUGGGCUCUAGUGCAGGGUGUGCUUGGGAUUCUCUCCCUCUCUCUCUCUCAAAAAUAAGUAUUUUUUUUAAAAAGUAGGCAGCAUAUAGUUAGACCUAGGUUUUUGUUUGUUUUGUUUUUUAAUCUAGUUGACAAUCUCUUUUUAUUGGGGUAUUUAGGUCAUUCAUAAUUAAUGUGGUUAUGUUCAAAUAAUGUGCAAUUUGUUAUUUAUUCUAUCUGGUUUUGCUCUCCUUUUUGUCUUUUUCUACCUUCUUUUGGAGUAGCUAUGUUUUAUGAUCAUUUAUAUCCUUUGUUGGCUCGUUAGGUGUAACUUUGUUAUUUAAGUGGUUCCUUUAGAGUUUACAGAAUGUAUCAUUCACUUAUCAGUGUAUCUUCAAGUUAUCAUACUUUUCACAUGUAGUACUAGAAUCUUGUAAUAGUAUACUUCAGUUUUCUGCAGCCAGAUCAGCUUCGUUGAAGAGAUUAUCUUCUGGAUGCUCCUGGGACACUUUUUUUUUUUUUUUAAACCCUAGGAUAUAUUUUUAGGGGAUGGAUAAACUGGCUUUACAUAAUUACACAUUAGCAUUUCUAACUCCAUAUACUUUCAGAAUCUUUACAAAAUAUGAAGAAAUUUCUGGCAUUUAAACUUUAGGCCACCUUUGAGUCAGGUUACAUUCAACCAACAAAGCAAACUAAAGCCAUUCUAACUGAGCUUACACAUUAAAGCCAGAAUCCAUUCAUGGUCAGCCCAUAUUGUUAAGUUUGCCUGAUCCAAAUUUUUAUUCCUUUUUACUAUAAUCCCACAAAUGUUUCCCAGGAUUCUCUUUAUAUAAGCAAUAUAUAUA